AUGGCCCAAGCUUACGAAAACAAGUCAGCUGUUACCAUCGUAACACAUUACUUAAGUCUCUGCUUGACGCCUAGUUAUAAACCAUCUCGAGAGCCUAGAGCACUUCCACGUGAUCUAGACGGCAAACCUCGUAACACCGAAUUAAAAAUAAGAUUAACGUGGUUUAUCAGCGAGCGGGCCAUAUCACCGAGCGGGCCACUUUUACCUCAAUUUAUAUCUUUCAACUUCAAUACGCGAUUUAUCAACAAAAUAUUAUGGAAUCGAAUAAUCAAGAAGGUCGAAUACUUUUAG